GUGGCGCGCUGCGAUCAAUCCCGAGGUUUCUCAGAGAUAAAAUGUGUCGUCCCGAUUCACAGCCAGUCACCGCAGAUUCGCUCGCCUUCUCCGCGUUCAAUCGUCCCGCAGCCCUGCCGAUAGGACACUCAGACCUCAUCCCUGAGAGACGCUUUAGUAAAAAGUGUUCGUCCAUCGGCUGAUUAUUACUGAGCCCGAGGCCCGCACUGACUGACUGACUGACUGACAGACAGACAGACACACACCGGGAGAGCGGGGCGAGCGCCGACCGGCCCGAAAUGCCGAAAUCCAAGAAGAGGAGCAGCCGCGCCGCCGGUGGCCGGUCAAAAAAUGUACAGCCGUUUAGUGAUGAGGAAUCCUCAAUCGAAACAAUGAGUCGCUGUAGUAGUUUCAGCGAUGUGGCCAGCGUUGCUGAAGAUGGUGGAGAGGUUGAUGAAGAAGCAGCUCAGGAAGACUUUGAAUUCAAAAUGAAAGGACUAAUUGAACUCACAACGGACAAGAGUGCAAAGACCAGACAAGCUGCACUUGAAGGAUUGAAGGUUGGGAUGUCGUCCAAGUUGUUAAGUGACUUUAUUCUAGAACAGAGAAUAACACUAACCGAUAGCAUUGAGCGUUGCUUGAAAAAAGGUAAAAGCGAAGAGCAGUGCGUGGCUGCAUCUCUGGCUUGCCUUCUAUGUUGUCAGCUUGGCGCAGGACUCGAAUGCGAGGAGGUUUUCCGAUCUCUGGCACCAAUUCAAAGAACAAUAAUUUGUGACAGAAGUGCAAACACCCAGGCACGCCAAGCUUGUGCAACCUAUCUGGGUCUUUGCUGCUUUAUUGCCAGUGAUGAUAUUGAGGAUUUGUACUCCACGAUGGAAUGCAUGGAGAAUGUCUUCACCAAGCAAUAUCAUUCCGAAAAUGGAGCUGAUAAAUGUUCAGCACUUCACAUCCAGGCUCUCCAAUCGUGGGCUCUGUUGCUGACUAUCUGCCAUACCAGUGAAGUAAAGAAGAAACUAGAUAUACAUCUGAACAAACUACCAAGGCUGUUAUCUUGUGAUGAUGUGAACAUGAGGAUUGCAGCUGGGGAGACUCUGGCUCUCUUGUUUGAGCUGGCACGGGAAGCAGAUGCAGACUUUUUCUAUGAAGAUUUGGAGCCUCUUACUCAAACACUGAAAGCCCUUGCAACAGACUGCAAUAAACAUCGGGCAAAAGUAGACAGAAGGAAGCAAAGAUCUGUCUUUCGUGAUGUCCUUAAAGCAGUUGAGGAAGGUGACUUUUCAUCAGAAUCAAUUCGGUUUGGAAGAGAGCGAAUGCAUAUUGACAGCUGGGUGAAGAGGCUUACAUAUAGCAUAUUCAAAGAGUUGUUUGGAUCUGGCAUGCAAUAUCAUCUUCUGACAAAUGUGUUCUUGCGCAGUAUUUUUGAACUUGGUCCUCCUUUGCUCUUGGAUAAAGCUGCUAUGGAGGAGAUGAAAAUUUCUCGUGAUGAAAGGCACAUGAACAACUCUGCUGCAUUCAAAGCCCGCACAAAGGCUAGAAGCAAGCUACGUGACAAGAGAGCAGAUGUUGGCGAGUUCUAAAUAUUCAGGAUAGGAUCCAGCUUGUGUGCACAUUCACCCAAAAUAAACCUAGUUGCUCAGACUUUUGUGAUACAUUUAAGUAAAGUGAUUUACCUUGUGAAGCAGUAUUGAUGUUUCCUAUGCCAGUGACCCUUGCUAAUUUUAGUCACCUGAUCUUGGCUCUAUUUAUUGUGUUAAUCACUUUUCUAUUGGUAUAUUUACACAUGUAAGCUACCCACAUACUACACGCUGAUCAGGAACUUGCUAACCCUGUAAAUAUAAAAUACAUAUGCACAGUGAUUAGCUGUAUUUGUGUGUGUUGUAUAUACUUAUGACUAUAAAAUGUAGUGUACACAUUUUAAUCGAUUACAAAGCUCAUUAACUGUAAAUAACCUUGUAUUCAGAUCCAAAUCUCUAAAGAGAGACUGCAUAGUGAAUAGCCUCGUAUAAACUGCAAAUAACACAGCACUAGCAUUUUCACUGUGUGAUUGUUUUUAAAGGUUCAGCUGUGUGUUAAU